AGACUGCAUCCCUACUCUCCUAGAGGCACACACAGCUGCGAUCAUGGCAUUUGACGGCACCUGGAAAGUAGACCGCAAUGACAACUACGACAAGUUCAUGGAGAAGAUGGGCAUUAACGUGGUGAAAAGGAAGCUUGCAGCACAUGACAAUUUGAAACUGACCAUCACACAGGAAGGAAAUAAAUUCACAGUCAAAGAAUCAAGCACCUUUCGAACAAUUGAGAUUGUGUUUGAACUCGGGGUCAACUUUACCUAUAGUCUAGCAGAUGGAACGGAACUCAGUGGGACCUGGAACAUGGAGGGGAAUAAACUUGUUGGAAAAUUCACACGUGUAGACAAUGGGAAGGAGCUGCUUGCUGUCCGAGAAGUUUCUGGUGGUGAACUAAUCAAUACCUACAUAUAUGAAGGAGUUGAAGCAAAGCGUUUCUUUAAGAAGGAGUAAGAAAGCUUGGAGCCCAGAGCAUAACUGAAGAGCUAAACUCAUGUCGGAUUUCUGUCUCCAUCGUGCUAACGCCAGGGCUGAUUCAUCCUUUUAUGAGCACUGGUAUAUUUCUAGUGUUGUCAAAGCCAUAGAGGUAAAAGCUAAUUAGGAUUUCAUUUGUUUUAUGUUUCUUAGCUGGUAUUUUAAAGGAAAAUAAAUAUUGUUCUCAUA